ACAUCUUUAAGGCUGUUUACAAAUAUAUUUUCAGCUGUUGUCAAGCGUUGAGUAUAUUUGAAAUGGCGGCAGACGAACAGCUGAUCUCACAGCCAAUCAGAAAUCAGUACUCAGUCUGUCAGCGGUAGCAGACGAUCUAGGCAAUUAAUGAGUCAUAUUUUUUACUGUUUGUCAGGGAAUUUCAAGCUAUAAAUGACACAAAAUAUAUUUGUAACAUACGAAAUAUAUAAAACGCUCAUAUUAUCAACCGCGGUUUUCGCUAGAAUGUUGGACUGGUCGAACUGCGGAAGGUGAACCGUUAAUUUCUGUAGGGAUGCGAAAGCUAUUAAAUGGAUGCAGUAGCUAUGGUUGAACCAAAAUGCAGUGUAAGCUUUGUCUGUCAAAGAUGCCUGCAACCUGUAAAAUUGGAUUCUUCCUUCAACAGUUUAGGAGAACAUACACUGGCUGAAUUAUCCUUACCAAUCCAGCCAGCACCAGAAGUAGAUUUGGAAACCCAUGCAGCGAGUCUAGAUCGGUAUGUACCAGCGGUCAGACUCACUGAGUCGGGCAAUGGUGCUAACGGGUUUAUGCUUAUUGAUGACGAAGGUGAAAAGGAGAGCCUGAGUCACAAGAUGAGGGUAACAGCCGGUCUCUUUGACCUGCUGUCAAGUAAUUCAGAAAUUGAUCACCCUCUAUGUGAAGAGUGCACUGAUGCAUUGCUGGAUCUUCUUGACCAGCAGUUGAGGCUCACAGCUGAAGAAUGGAAUGAUUAUAGCAGCUUUUUAAAGAGGUUGGAGGCUGAAGAUGAAGAACAGAACUUAGAUGAAUUGGAAAAAGAACUAGAAGCACUGAAAGCAGAAGAGGGGCAGUUGAUGGAGAGUCUUGAAGAUCUGCAAGAGCAAGAACGCAAAGUACGAGCAGCUUUGGCUGAACAAGAGCGUGAGACAGAGAGGCUUGAUCGUGAAGAAGAGCGCUAUUGGAGGGAAUACAUAAGGCAUCGUAGAGAACACCAUCUUAUGGAGGACGAGUAUCACAGCCUAGAAUGUCAGCGAACAUAUGUACAAGCACAGUUGGACAAACUGAAGAAAACAAAUGUUUUCAAUGCCACAUUCCAUAUAUGGCAUUCAGGGCAUUUUGGUACAAUAAAUAAUUUCCGGCUGGGGCGACUGCCAAGUGUCCCUGUUGACUGGAGUGAAAUCAAUGCUGCAUGGGGACAAACUGCUCUUCUGCUAGCAGCUCUGGCACGCAAAAUGAAUCUCUCAUUCAAGGAGUACAGGCUUGUACCUUAUGGGAAUCAUUCUUAUAUUGAGGUAUUGAAGGACAAUAGAGAACUGCCUCUGUAUGGCUCUGGUGGUUUCCGUUUCUUAUGGGACACAAAAUUUGACUCUGCAAUGGUUGCAUUCCUUGAUUGUCUACAACAGUUCAAGGAACAAGUAGAGAAGGGAGAUUCAGGUUUCUGCUUGCCUUAUCGUAUGGAGAAGGGAAGAAUAGAAGAUUCUGCCACUGGAAAUUCCUACAAUAUAAAGAUUCAGUUCAACUCUGAAGAGCAGUGGACAAAGUCUCUUAAGUUCCUCUUGACCAAUCUGAAGUGGGGCCUUGCGUGGGUUAGCUCACAGUUUACAAAAGAUGAAGCAGAAGCCUCCCAACGUUAAUUAUUGUAUUGCGGCAUGCAGUGUGAGCUAGUCAUGAUGUGUGUGUGUAUCCGCAUGUAAACGCUGAAGCCUUUUGGCUUUUUUUUUUUAACUUACCUAUACACCAUAUAGGAAGUGACUGAAAUGGAUCUUUGGACCCAUCUCCUUGUAUAAAUUCAAUGGGCACCUGUGUUGUUACAACUUGGCUUAUGUCUUUCAUAAUGAAUGUAUCUUUUUCUCGAAGUGUAUAAUACGUAUUCAUAAAACAGAGAUGUCACAAGAAUGUCAUGAUUUUUAACAGAAAAUCUCAUUGGAGUGUGUUUAAAAUUUAUUUCAGUGUGUUCUUUUUGCGAUGAGUGUAUUUUGACACGUUUUGUACUCCUCCCUUUUUAAGUAUAAGAAUGAAGUGGAAAAAUAUUGUUUGAUCUCAGCCAUUUUGCUUUUUUGUUGAGUGACUAACUUGUAUAAUAUAGUAUUGGUUCUUCAUUCAUGUUUAGGCUAAGAAUAAGGUAAACAGAAUAGAACUGGAAAUGGUGGAAUGCUGUGUGAGAAUAGCUAGUUAUCUAUGUUUUGUUCCUGUGAUGAUAAUAUGCAGAUAUACUGCUAUAGGAAGUGUGUGCAUCUGUUACAGAAAGCUAUAAAGAAAAUGGGACCAAGGAGUUCAAAGAUCCAUCAGUGAGUGAAAUACAGCUUUCACCAAGUAUAGAAAUUCGAUGUAACGGUGGUUUGUGGAUCGCUUGAAGGAAGAUGUUAUCACACUCAUUGAAAAUAACAUAUGAAACUGCUCAUGAAACACAACCUGGAUUAGACAACCCACUUUCUCAUCAUCCCCCUCUACAUGCACACUUUUCCCCAACCCUGCCCUUCUAUGCAAAUAAAAAGUAUGCACACUCCGUGUGUACUAUAAGUGAAAGCUCUAUCUUUUCGUUUGGCAAACAUUUUUUUCCAUAUAUGUAAAUUGUGAAAUUGUGUCAAGACAGUCCAGGAAUCGUUUUAGUAAAAUGUUUCCUAGAUAGUUAUGUUUAUAUCAUCAUCAUUACAGUAAGGUUAAAGAAAUCACUCGUCGUAUAGUUGAGGUAUUAAGGAGAAUAUAGGAUAAAAAAUAAAAAUCUCUCUCUCUCUCUCUCUCUCUCUCUCUCUCUCUCUCUCUCUCUCUCUCUCACACACACACACACACACACACACACACACACACACACACGUGCGUGCACACAGGAGAGGGGAGGAGGGGGGGGGGGGGAAGAGAGAGAGACUGUGUGUAUUUAUAACACAGUGCCUCAGUUGCAUGGUGAGUGAUUACCUUCACUCUUCCGUUGUCUCUAUUCCAAUUAGGGCUUUUCAGUAUCUAAUUUUUACUGCUCUCAUCCAGUAUACUCCUUCACUAAUUGAUUACUUUCCUUGUUCAAUAUACUAAAUGUAGAAAUUCAUUUCAGAGUCUUUAACUUACAAUUGUUUCUAUUCCACAUUCCCCCUACCCUUCUGGAGCACUUGUUCUGGUUACUGUCUAUUCCUUCAUUUUUAUCUAAUUUGUGGUACACAUUGAAAAGUUCACAUUAAAAUAAUUUAAUUUCAAGUAAAACUGGUGGUCAACUUUCAGGGCAUUUGGGUGUGUUAGACAUGGCACUGACUGGAAAUGAAGGAUAUUAUGUUGUACAAUUGAUGAGCUGCUUCUGUCAGAAACAAAAGCUGAUUCAGAAUAUAUUCUUUUGUGUACAGUCUUCAUCUCAUAUAUACAUAAUAAUUGCACUGAAACACAAAUAACUUAAACAAGACAGUGAAUAUUUAACCACAAUCUUCUCUUCUUCCCACAUCCUCCCCUUUUUUUUUUGUAUCUUUUCCCAAAUUCAACGUACCAAUCCUUUUCUAGCAAUUGGAUAAUCCGCUGUACUGAAACUAUUUUAUAAACUUGAAAUAUUCCAAUUCCAAAUAACGUUUCCUCAAGUAUUGUUAGUGUAUGUGAAGGUAGCUAUUAACAAUGGCACAAUGAGUCGUAGUUCAAACCAACUAAAUGUAUACUCUAUAAUAGAGGGAAACAUUCCACGUGGGAAAAAUAUAUCUAAAAACAAAGAUGAUGUGACUUACCACACAAAAGCGCUGGCAGGCCGAUAGACACACAAACAAUUGUAGGAGGAUGCUCUGAACAGCCAGUGUUUGUAGGAGGAUGCUCUGAACAGCCGGUGUUUGUAGGAGGAUGCUCUGAACAUCCGGUGUUUGUGUGUCUAUCAACCAGCCAGUACUUUUGUUUGGUAAGUCACAUCAUCUUUGUUUUUAGAUAUAAAUGUAUAUUCUGGUAACUAUGACUGUGGCAUCCCAGGUAUUUGAGUUGGUGGUUGCUUCCAGACACAGUUCUCUGAAAUCCUAUAUGAUGGAAUCUAGGCAUCUGUCUGUUUUUUGUGUUCCACUCCCACCCUUCCCUCUCCCUUUUAAAUUGAAAUAAGUACAGUUCUGUUGCGAACAUACGACAGAAAUUUCCUGUUCAUGGAACUAGUUGGAAAUCACAUUCUGAGCUUGUCUAAAGAUUGGGGUAAAAAUUUAAGUCCAUUUAUCUUGAUAGAUACUUCCUAACAAUGUCUUGAAAAAAUUAUUCAUUUAGCGCAUAAUUAAUGGUAUCAUGUUACACUGUCAUAAUUAUUUAAUGAUUAUUCUGCUCAAGAGGUAGUUGCAUUCUGUUCUGUGCUCAUUUGCCUUUAUUUAUUGAAAUGCUUAUAUUCAAUUGAGUUCAUUGUUGUUGUCCUGCUAUGUGUAAUUGAUUUGUUCAGCCUUAUACAAAAUUUUGUGUCUACUAUUAUUCAGAUAUGCUGUAAUACGUAAAAAGUGAACUACUUUAAAGAGCUAAGAACUUAACAUAAUGGCACUAGUGUGUGUGUGUGUGUGUGUGUGUGUGAGAGAGAGAGAGAGAGAGAGAGAGAGACUGAGUAAAGAUGAUGAAACAUUGAAUUAAUAUAUAAAGAAUGCAGUGAUGAGUGUUUUAUGAGCAGAAUUGAUAAUGUAUCCCAAGAUGGACAAGUUCUCCAUGCCAAUAUUGCCUACACCCUUGUGAAAAUAUUUUUGCCACCUUAUUUUAGAAAUUAAUGGGAUUCAGCUUGGAUCUUACUGUAUUCCUUUGCCAUAAAUAUAGUUUAUAGUGUAGACAGGCAGCAUGCAGCCUUUUCUUUGCUGUUUCCACCAGCAGCUAGCAUUAACGAUUUUGUGCGUAGUUGAACUUGAGUAGGGUGAUCAUGCAGUUGUCUCCGUAUAUAAAAGUGAAAUUUGGUAAGAUUAAUGUCACUGUUAUUCCAGUAACAAACACAGUUGUUGGAAAACUAAGAAUACAUGUUCAAACAUUUACCCGUGUCAUUUAAUUUUAAAGACAUUGACUUCCAGUGGAAAGUUUGAAUGUUGGUGCAAUACAUCGUUUUUCAAAAUAUUCAUUCACCAGGGUCUAGCAAUAAAUUUAAAGGCUUUGCAAAAUACAGGUAUGCAAGUAGUCUAUUCACAGAUGACUAAUAAUAUUUAGAGUAUUAUUAAUCACUUUGCUUUGAAAAAUCGUGGCGAUCAAAUGCAGUCACUGUUGCACAUAUGCCCCUGAGGCUCUGUUCUGAAGUUUUAUGUCUGAUGAUACCCCAUUAGUUGUGUCUUGUGCCACGGCAGUCACUUCUUUGUUUCUCAUAAGAUACACAUGAAGAACAUAAGACUUUGAGAAUGUUCAGUGCAUAAAAUUUUAUUUGCUUACACAACAGGUGAAAGUUAUCAGCACCUUUAGAGCAUCAAAAUCCAUUAUUGCCGCAUACAGUCACUGUAAAAUCUGUGUGUUCAAUUAACAAUUUAUAGGAGUGAAAAUUUAAGUUUUGACGCAAAAUUCACUUUAAACAUGCUAAUCAGAUGGAAACAGGGCUCUAACAUGAUGGGCUGUCUAAUGUAACAAUCAAUCUGUGUGGCAUAUCAGUUUCUCUGCAGUGUGGCGUAAAAGUGGUUCCUCCUGAUUCACACCCAUAUCUGGAAAAGUACCCACCACGUCAAACAAUGUACUGAUACUGCCUACAGAGUACGUCCACUCUUUUUCAAGUACACAGACAUGCCAAGUUCCAUAAUGUCAUAAAAGUGACUUCACUAAGAGAUGCUUAUGACCUUAUGUCACUAUCGUACAUAUUGCUAUGGAAAAUUGUAAAAAUCAUUGCAUCUUAUUGCUGGGCCCUGACAUCUUUCAUGAUUUCAUCUAAUCUGUGUUCAUCAUCUACACCUUGGAUACCCUGCAGAUCACACUUAAAUGCCUGCCAGAGGGUUCAUCGAAGCACCUUCACAGUAAUUCUUUAUUGUUCCAAUCUCGUGCAUUGCUCAGAACAAAUGAACACUUAUAUCUUUCCCUUUGAGCUCUGAUUUCGCUUAUUUUAUUAUGAUGAUUUUUCUCCCUAUUUAAGUUGGCGUCAGCAAAAUACUUUCGCAUUUGGAGGAGAAAGUUGGUGACUGAAAUUUCGUGCGAAGAUUUUGCUGCAGCCAAAAAUGUCUUUGUUUUAAUGUUGUCGCCCACAAAUCUUGUAUCAUAUCAAUGACACUCUCCCCCCUAUUUUUCGAUAAUACAAAAUGCCCUGAUCUCCAGAAGUAGGGUAGCUUUUUUUCUUCUUUUUUUACUUGUGUUCCAUUCUUUUCAACUUUUGGAUACCAGUGUGCAACCUUCCAUUGUGGUACAGUUAAACAUACUUCAUUUUGAAACUCACUGUGAUACUCUCAGGUAAAAAAAUAUUGUACAGUUAAUAAUCAGGUGUUAGAUGCAAAAAUGUUGAAGCAACCCCAACAUUAUGACUAUUGAGUCCCUAGACUUUGUGAUACACAUAUAAAAUUCUUGUUUCUCUCCUUAAAGAUGGACAUUACAGAGAAUACAGGAGGAAUUAAUAAAAACAAAAAUUAUCUUGCAUAUUAAUUAAAAACACUUAAUUUAAAAGAAUUCAGCAUGUAUACAUUUCCACUAUGUUAAGAUUGUAUGAAUGUGACACUGAUUUGCUCUACUAAUUGUCUGACUAUCUGCAUGUGUAAUAUGUUUUUAAAAUAUAUGUUCUUGUGCACCCACGCACAAUUGUAAGUUUAGGAAAUUGUUGAAUAAAUUAUUUUUUAAAACUGGCUUGUCAUUAAA